AUCUCUGUCCCUGACACUGCUUGAUAUGCACACUAUGUAUACAUAAGAGAGAUAGGGACACAUUGUCAGACAAUUUUCAAUAGAUUUUAAGACUGAAGAUAUUUUCUUCAUCCUUAAGGUUUUUUAUUCUUUUUUUCUUUGAAUCUCUACAAUGAAGAUGUUUAUAGGUAUUGUUUUUCUUCUUGUAAUUACAAUAUGUACAACAAAUUCACAUCUCUCAUUUGAUGACAACCCAAAGAGCAAUGCACAACAUGCAACAAAGGGUCCCAAUUCUGAUCCCUCUCUGUCUAUAUCAACAACUACAAGUUCACCUGUUGUAAAUAAACAGGAGGUCCAAACUGAUGAUAAUUCAGAUGCACACUCAAAAAGUAAAAAUACAGUUCCUCCAAGGAUAAAAAAUACCAAGUCACCAGAAGACAAUCAGACUUUGGGAAUGCAGCAAGAGGAAACAGAUACUGUGGAACAGUCUUCAAAUAUAUACAAACAAACAGAAGCAACAGAUAAGAUCUUAAUGGAUCAAGAACCUCAAAUUGCAAAGGGGACUGCAUACCCUAUGACCAAACAUUCUGGUUAUGAAGAAGAGAGCAUGAAGGUGAUCAAGCAAGGAGAAAGUGCAGUAUGUCAUGAACAGUUUACAAAAAACAAGGCUGUUACUGAACAUGAUUUGCCUCAGGUGAAGAAGACAUCUUGUUCUAUGUCAUGGCCAGUAUGCUCAGGGAAGCAGUUUGAUGAUACACUUCAUGAGGUUGCAAAAGAUAUGAUGACUUUUACACUGGACCUAUUCCAAAAGCUAUCACCACUGGAUUCCAGGCCAAAUCUUGUAAUAUCUCCUAUUAGUGUUGCUUUGGCAUUGUCACAUCUAAUGCUAGGAGCUAAUGGAAAAACAAAGGAUGACAUACUGAAGGCAUUAUACAAGGGAGUAAAAGAUGUCCAUUGUAUACAUGAGGCAAUGCAGAAUUUGACCACUCAUGGUCCAUUUCUAAGUGCAUCAGAAAUGUUCUACAAUAAAGAACUCCAUAUAAAUAAGGAAUUCAUAGAUCAGUCUUCAAAGUUUUAUGGGUCAAAAAGCAUACCAUUAUUCAAAGAUAAAACAAAAAGCCUGGAAAAGAUCAAUUCUUGGGUCUCGCAAAGAACAAACGGGCUCAUCCCAACAUUACUGCAAGAGCUUCCUCCAGACUUGCAACUGAUUUUGGUGAAUGUUAUCCAUUACCAAGGAAAAUGGUUAUCCCACUUUGAUCCAAGCCUUACAAACAAUGAAAACUUUCACCGCUCAUCUUCAGUUUCAGUUAAAGUUCCUACAAUGAAUGCCCAUAAAUAUCCUCUGCAGAUCUUUAAGGAUACAUAUUUGAAAGCCCAGGUUGCUCGAUUCCGUUUGUCAGGCAAUUUCAGCCUUCUCAUUCUCUUGCCUUUGGGACAUGCAGAAGAUGCUCUGAAAACUAUGGAGAAACGUCUAAGUCAAGAAAUUGUGAAUCUGCUCAUUAAACAGCUUGAGGAGGCGCCCAUUCGAGCAGCAUCUGUGUCUCUUCCUCAGAUCAAUAUUGAUACCAACGUUGGAUUGAAUGAAGCUUUAAGUUCACUUGGUCUCUAUGAUCUAUUCGAGCAUCCAGAUCUAUGUGCUUUAUCAAAUAGCACAGACCUUGCUGUAAGCAAUGUCGCCCAUCAUGCACUUCUGCAAAUCAAAGAAGAAGGAGUGAAGGCUGUGGCUGCCUCUACUAUAUCCAUUGCUCGCACUGUCACAGUUUUUGCUGUGCGAAGACCUUUUCUCUUUAUUCUAGUGUCUGAUGAUAUUGGAGUUCCUAUCCUUAUUGGACAUAUUAAAGACCCAAGUCAGUGAGGAGAGAAGAACAGGCUUGCCAUACUGCUAGAACUAAAAUAUGUUAAUUCUGCUAACUACAAAUAGCAAGAUAAACUGUUUUUGCAUGCCAUUAAUAAUGCAGAUAUCAAAAUAUUGAAUAUAUUAAAUACUCAUAAGUUUC